GGGCUCUCCCCCCCGCACAUCACGCUUGUCUCCCGGUCGUUGCUAACAACCUGCUGCCUGGAACUUCCCCACGGUUCUCUCAUGCAUAUGCGCUCUGUAGCUGCGGUGUUCCCGGGCCGUGUGUGAGGAUGAGGCCGGCUCGACGCUGAGUGUUGUCCGCCUCUCGGCUCCCUGCUGGCUGCAUGCUGCUCCGUGUCCCUCCGCCUGCUCUCUGACGCUGGAGGCUGCAGUCUGGCCUCCAGCCGCGGCUGCAAACCUGCUUCACUCGUCCGCGUCGCCUCGCUCCCACAUCAUGUUUGUUUUAUGAAGAUGGUGGUGAGGGGGACACUGUGAACUAAAUGACUGUCAGAAACAUCGCCUCCAUUUGUAAUAUGGGCACCAAUGCCUCUGCUCUGGAGAAAGACAUCGGCCCGGAGCAAUUUCCAAUCAAUGAACACUACUUUGGAUUGGUCAAUUUCGGAAACACAUGUUACUGUAACUCAGUGCUGCAGGCUCUCUACUUCUGCCGGCCUUUCCGGGAGAACGUGCUGGCCUACAAAGCCCAGCAGAAGAAGAAGGAGAACCUGCUCACAUGCCUGGCCGACCUCUUCCACUCCAUCGCCACGCAGAAGAAGAAAGUGGGCGUCAUCCCACCCAAGAAGUUCAUCUCCCGCCUACGGAAAGAGAACGAUCUGUUUGACAACUACAUGCAACAGGACGCACACGAAUUUCUGAACUACCUGCUGAACACGGUGGCUGACAUCCUGCAGGAGGAGAAGAAGCAGGAGAGGCAGAACGGACGCCUCAAGAACAAUGGCACCGGCGUCACCACGGAGACAGAGACGGAGAACAAGACAGAGCCCACAUGGGUUCACGAUAUCUUCCAAGGCACACUGACCAAUGAGACGCGUUGCCUCAACUGUGAAACGGUGAGCAGCAAAGACGAGGAUUUUCUGGAUCUUUCUGUGGAUGUGGAGCAGAACACAUCAAUAACACACUGUCUCAGGGACUUCAGUAACACAGAGACUUUGUGCAGCGAGUACAAAUACUACUGUGAGGCGUGCUGCAGCAAGCAGGAAGCACAGAAACGGAUGCGUGUGAAGAAGCUUCCUAUGAUCCUGGCCCUGCACCUGAAGAGGUUCAAGUACAUGGAGCAGCUGCACCGCUACACCAAGCUGUCCUACAGAGUGGUGUUCCCCCUGGAACUGCGUCUGUUCAACACGUCUGGGGACGCGGUCAACCUGGAUCGCAUGUAUGAUCUAGUUGCUGUGGUGGUUCACUGUGGCAGUGGUCCAAACAGAGGUCAUUACAUCACCAUAGUGAAGAGUCAUGGCUUCUGGCUGCUAUUUGAUGAUGACAUUGUGGAGAAAAUUGACGCCCAGGCCAUCGAGGAGUUUUACGGGCUUACCUCAGACAUCUCCAAGAACUCUGAGUCAGGAUACAUCCUCUUCUACCAGUCCAGGGAGUGACUGAGCGCUGACAGAGGAUGAGACUGAAUAGGAUGAAACUAUUUGUAUGUUACCUUCAGCCCAACAGACCCCAGACUCCUGCCCUCCUCCGCCUCCUCCUGUUCCUCCUGCUCCUCCUCCACAUCAGACCUCUCUGACACAUGUGCCAUUCCUUUGCCAGUCCCAGUGUCAUCAGCCUCUGGGGUUUAUCUGUACUUCAUCUUUCUCUUUGUGCGUUUUAGUCACCUGCAUCUGGACUGCACUUUAAAACAAAAGCAAAAAUGCUCAACAGCAUGACAGAAACAAAAUGGAGUGUACGUGCUUGGUAUAGACUAGUGGGAGAAGGAGGUGAUUCUCUACAAGGAACGAGAUGAGGUGAAGGGUCUGAUGCACAUACAGACAGCUGUCAGAAAUUGUACUAUAUCAUUUAUUUAUAUAUAACGUCCCCUUCCCCCACAUGAUUCCUUUCAUUGUCCCCGUCACUGUCCUUCUGAUGUGUUCAUGAAUGAAGUUGGAGACAAACACUGUAUACAAAGCAUAGAGAGAAUCUGAAGCAAUACGUUAGCAUUCAUUAUAGAAGUCACAAGCUAACAACUACCUAAACUGAGUAACUUGUUAACAGUCUAGAGGUUGUUUCGUUCUGUGAGCUGCACUGUGUCAACGUGACAGCUCAUGUUAUAUCGAACCACAUACGAACCAAUACUUUGACACUUAAACACUACAAAGGAACGGAAAGCCUUAAAGGGAUAGUUCGCCCAAAAAUGAGAAUUCACUCAUCUACUCACCAGUAUGCCGAUGGAGGGGUGGGUGAAGUGUUUGAGUCCACAAAGCACUUGAGGAGUCUUAGGGG